AACACGAGACCUUAUUCUGCUGCGGAGAGGAUUCACCUGCUCUGUCUGCAGCUGGCAUCAGAGCCUCCCAUCUCUCUGAACAUCUGCUGCCCCCCUAUUUCUCCAGCCCGCUGAGAUUCUGCCCCUACAGCAGUCAAACAGUAUGAAACUGCUCUCUGUGUUGGUACUUGGCACGCAGAUCUUUCACUGCCUUUCUGCAGUGGCUCAAGGCCAACAGCCCUCCUACAGAGCACUCUCUUGCAACGCUUUGAGGGUAGUGGCUGCAGCAGAUCUGGCAGUUGAGCAAAUGAAUGCUGAGCGAUCAGGAGGUUACAAGUAUAUCCUCAACAAGAUCGAAAACGCUCAGGAGAAGAGGGGGAAAGGCGGGUCAUCCUCCUUGUUCUUAGAAUUUGAGGUGCUGGAGACUCGGUGCCACUCACUGAAUCCCAAACCUGCAUCGGAAUGCCAAAUCAGGUCGGGCCGUGAAGCUAAUUCUGGGGACUGCAAAGUGAAAUUGCAGAUGAAUUCAACAAGAAAGGUUCAUGUUCAGAGCUACAGGUGCUUAAUCUCCCCAGAUUCGGAUGAUAUGAUUUUAAGAAGAUGUCCAGGCUGCCCCUAUCGAAUACCUUUGAACAACACAGACGCCACACAUUCUGUCAUGAUCGCAUUGCAAAAAUAUAACAGGAAAAGCAACAGGACAAACUAUUUUGCCUUGCAUGAAAUAACAAAAGCUUCCUCUCAGAUUGUUGCUGGGAAAAAUGUAUUUGUUGAAUUUGCGAUCCAAGAGACUGCAUGCAGUAAAGCUUCCCAGCGUCCAGACUGUCAGGCAGGGUUGGGAGCAUUGAAGUCUACUCACACGGGCUUGUGUACCGCCUCUGUCUAUAUGCCCAUUUUUGGGAAAGAGAAGAUUGAAGUGAACUGUGAACUCUAUGAACCGCAGGUGGUGGCCAAUACAAGGAAGAGUGUGAAUAAAGGAGGGAUCAAGAGAGGUCGUGCUAAAGAAAAGGGACGUGUCUCAAGGAGCAGGCGGCAAUCACCUUCACAUAAAGGCCAGCCACAUGUCAAGAAGCAGCCAAGUGGCAGAGCUGCAACUACAAGGAGAAUUGAAUCAUCCGAGGAGGUUCAAGGGUCUUUUGGCUUUGUUAUCGGUACUGGAGGUACAAAUGGGAACUCCCAAUCUCAAACAUUCCCAAUACUGCCCCCGCCUCGAACAGCCUGCCCAGGGAGGGCCCGUUACACUAGACCAGGCUUCCAGCCUAUCUGAUCUUGUUUUGUGAUGCCUCCCAAGAGAAGUGAGCCAAUCAAUUCCUCCUGAUAAGAAAACAAUCUGCAUUGACGCAAAAACAGCGCGGAAUUCAGAGACGAGUCAUUUCAUGUGGACUGAACCAAGCUGAAAGCAAAGUCUGUAAAUGAUGCCUGCGUUUGAUUAAUUAAAGUU